GCCAUUGUGCAUUUCACAUAAAAAGCUCUUGAAUUGAAACAUUUCAUCACUCAUCUAUUAUCCAAUAUGGGUCAAGAAUCAGGUCCUGGCGUCGGCUUCGAGUUUCCACCUGUCGAGGUGUCGUGGUUGAAGCGCGAUGUUCUGCUGUUCGCAAACUCCAUCGGAGCUACAUAUCCAGAUGAGUUGCAUUUCCUCUAUGAACUGCAUCCCUCUUUUGCCGUAUUCCCCACCUACGCCGCUAUCCUUCCGUUCAAGCAUACCGACCAGGAGGUCAUUGAUUUCUACGCGCGCAGCAACGCGACGCCAAUUGAGGGCGUCCCCAAGUUCGACACCACGCAUGUUGUCGACGGCGAGCGCAAAACGGAAUUUCUCAAGCCACUACCCGUAACAAGCAAGGGCCGCAAGUUUGAAGUCAGGAGCAAAGUGUUGGGCGUGUACGACAAGGGCAAGCCCGGUACCGUUGUCGAGUCAGAGCACUGCCUUAUCGACGUUGAGAGCGGAGAGACAUACACCAGGAGUGUUGGCAGCGGCUUUUACGUCGGACAAGGAGGAUGGGGCGGUCCAAAGGGCCCCAAGGUUCCCAGCUACCCGCCUCCCUCACGCAAGCCCGACCAAACGCACACCUUCCAGACCACGCUGGAAACCGCCCAUUUGUACCGCCUCAACGGCGACUACAACCCGCUUCAUGCAGACCCUGAGCCCGGCAAGAAAAUGGGCUUCGGCGGCACCAUUAUCCACGGUUUGUUCUCCUGGAACAUGGCUGCGCACGCCGUGCUCAAGGCGUUUGGCGCUAGCAAGCCCGAGAAUCUCAAGGAGUUCCAGGCGCGAUUUGCGGCACCGGUCAAGCCGGGUGACAAGCUUAUUUUCGACAUGUGGAAGAUGGGCAACAAGGACAGCCAGGGAUUCGACGAGAUGCGGUUUAUUGUGCGUGUGGACGGCGGCAAGACGGUGCUUACCAAUGGCCGGGCGCUGGUCAAGUGUGAGGAGCGCCAGGACAAAGCCAAGUUGUAGGUCUAUGUGUAUAUAACAUGUAAACAUUAUUGAGCUAUCAUGAAUUUGCU